AAUAGUCCCACAUUGGAAAUGUGUGUGGUGACUUGAGCAUAUAUAAGUGGGAGAACCCACUCACCUAUCACCUUAAGGUUUUAGGUGGAGAAGUGGUGUCUCUCCCACAAAGGUGUGUUGCUCAAAGGAAUGUCCAGAAUAAACAAUGCUCCCGACUCGACCCUCCCCCGAUGUUGCGCUAACAAUGGUAUCAUGAGCCUUUGGUUCGAGAAAAAAGGGACCGGCUAAAACUUGUAGUUGAAAGUCAACAGAUACAUGUAGUUGAAGAGAACCAACGGAUACAUGUAGUUGAAGUCAACGGAUACAAGUAUAUGUGGAAGAGAAGCUUCCACAUGAGGGGGAGCAUUGUGUAAGACUCACACUUGAGGGGGAGUGUUGAGAAUCAAGUGUGAGUGGUGGAUAAUAGUCCCACAUUGGAAAUGUGUGUGGUGACUUGAGCAUAUAUAAGUGGGAGAACCCACUCACCUAUCACCUUAAGGUUUUAGGUGGAGAAGUGGUGUCUCUCCCACAAAGGUGUGUUGCUCAAAGGAAUGUCCAGAAUAAACAAUGCUCCCGACUCGACCCUCCCCCGAUGUUGCGCUAACAAUGGUAUCAUGAGCCUUUGGUUCAAGAAAAAGGGACCGGCUAAAACUUGUAAUUGAAAGUCAACGGAUACAUGUAGUUGAAGAGAAUCAACGGAUACAUGUAGUUGAAGUCAACAGAUACAAGUGUAUGUGGAAGAGGAGCUUCCACAUGAGGGGGAGCAUUGUGUAAGACUCACACUUGAGGGGGAGUGUUGAGAAUCAAGUGUGAGUGUGGAUAAUAGUCCCACAUUGGAAAUGUGUGUGGUAACUUGAGCAUAUAUAAGUGGGAGAACCCACUCACCUAUCACCUUAAGGUUUUAGGUGGAGAAGUGGUGUCUCUCCCACAAAGGUGUGUUGCUCAAAGGAAUGUCCAGAAUAAACAAUGCUCCCGACUCGACCCUCCCCCGAUGUUGCGCUAACAUUUUUGACUCCAAAUCAUACACUUCAGAGGCUAAUCAAAGCAUGGAUUUCAUCAAAUGAAGCCAAAGAUGUUGAUGAACAAGUUCCACCUCCAAAAUAUUCUCUCAAUAGAUUCCAUCUUCAGAAGCUUGUUAACAAUCUCGAGGUUCCGAGUUGCUUUCGAACCGCAAUGGAGAAGAUUCAUGAUCUUGCUAAACAAAGUGAGAGAAAUAGAACGUGCAUGGUUGAAGUAGGUGUAACCAAGGCUAUGGUUAUGGUGAUUAAGAAGAGUUUCAAAGAAGGUAACAUUAUUUGUUUAGAAGAAGGUUUGAAAACUAUUCGUCUUUUGUGGCACGAAGCGAUGGUUAAGAACAUGAUCAAGCCUUUGGUUGGAGGAAACAUGGAGUUCAUCAACUCCUUGAGUUGGAUUUUGAAAAUUUACAUUGAUAACAACGAUGUGAAAAUGGUAAAUGAAGUAAUGCUAUUAUUAAAAUUAACAAUUGAGAUUGUAGAUUCAUCUCUUAUAGGAAAUUUAAACAUUGAAUUCUUUAGAGAAAUUGUGAGAGUACUUCGAAAGCGAGGGUUAUUCUCUAAACAAACGAUUAAAUCUGCGUUACAUGUUCUUAUAGGCACGUCCUCGUUAGGUAGAAACCGAACGAGGAUCAUGGAAGCUGGUGGAGUAAGUGAACUUAUUGAAAUCGAGCUUGAAAACCCGAAGAAGAGCAUGACCGAGCUUAUAUUCAAUCUUUUGGCGCAUUUGUGUUCGUGCGCGGAAGGAAGAGAACAAUUUUUGAGGCAUGCGGCGGGUAUAGCGAUGGUUACUAAAAGGAUUUUGAGGGUUUCGGCCGCAACCGAUGACCUAGCGAUUCAAGUAAUUUCAAUGAUUGCGAAGUAUUCAUCUUCUAAAGAGACUGUUUUAGAGAUGUUGAGGGUUGGAGCGGUUUCAAAGCUUUGCAUGGUAAUGCAGGCAGAUUGUGCUUCUUAUUUGAAAGAGAAAGCAAGAGACAUACUUAGGUUACACUCCACUACAUGGAAUAAUUCUCCUUGCAUACAAGUGUAUUUUUUAACUAGGAACCAAAGGUGAUCGAACAUAUAUACCUUGCAAAAAGAGUAUCUAGCAUUUAAUUUAAUUUGUACACUAUUAUUUGUUACACUCUUAGAGGAUUGGACUUAAAAAAAUUCAUAAAUUCAAAUGUUUAAUUAGAAGAGGUCCUCAUAAAAAAUAUGUUGUA